AUGGCUACCCGUGCCCAGUUUGAAAACUCUGACGAGAUUGGUGUCUUUUCCAAGCUCACCAACUCCUACUGUCUGGUGGCUGUUGGCGGCUCCGAGAACUUCUACAGCUCUUUCGAGGCCGAGCUCCAAGAUACCAUUCCUAUUGUCUACUCCACCAUUGGCGGCACCCGACUCGUGGGCCGUCUCACAGCCGGCAACCGACGAGGUCUGCUUGUGCCCUCCACCACUUCGGAUGUUGAGCUGCAGCACCUGCGAAACUCCCUGCCCGACGAGGUCAAGAUCCAGCGAGUUGAGGAGCGUCUAUCUGCUCUUGGAAACGUCAUCUGUACCAACGACUACGCCGCUCUUGUGCAUCCCGAUAUCGAGCGAGAGACCGAAGAGCUGAUUGCCGAUGUGCUUGGUGUUGAGGUCUUCCGACAGACUGUUGCUGGAAAUGUGCUUGUCGGCUCUUACUGUGCCCUGUCCAACCAGGGAGGUAUUGUCCACCCCCAGACCUCCAUUGAGGACCAGGAUGAGCUUUCUUCGCUUCUCCAGGUCCCCCUGAUUGCUGGAUCCGUCAACCGAGGUUCUCCUGUUGUCGGCGCUGGCUGUGUUGUCAACGACUGGAUGGCCGUUGCUGGUUACGCCACCACCUCUUUCGAGCUUACUGUCAUGAGCAGUAUAUUCAAGCUCAACAACGACCAGCAGGGCGAGCAGUGGGAGCAGACCAAGUGGUCCCAGCUGUACCAGCAGAUGGGUUAA